GGGUGCGGCGUCUUCGCCACCGCCCGGGAAGGACGCAGGUGGAGCGGGUGCGGCUGUGUGGAGCCCGGCGCCGGCCGCCGCUGGGUCUCUGGGACCGGGCGGUCCGCGCCCGGGGAGGAGCCGCCGCCAGCCGGGCACCAUGAACAGCAGCAGCGCCAACAUCACCUACGCCAGUCGCAAGCGGCGGAAGCCCGUGCAGAAAACUGUCAAGCCAAUCCCAGCUGAAGGAAUCAAGUCGAAUCCUUCAAAGCGGCAUAGAGACCGACUUAAUACAGAAUUGGACCGUUUGGCUAGCCUGCUGCCUUUUCCACAAGAUGUUAUUAAUAAGCUGGACAAACUUUCAGUGCUUAGGCUCAGUGUCAGUUAUCUAAGAGCCAAGAGCUUCUUUGAUGUUGCAUUGAAGUCCUCCCCAGCUGACAGAAAUGGAGUCCAGGAUAACUGUAGAACAAAAUUCAGAGACAGCCUGAACUUGCAGGAAGGAGAAUUCUUACUACAGGCUCUGAAUGGCUUUGUGCUGGUUGUCACUACAGAUGCUUUGGUCUUUUAUGCUUCUUCUACUAUACAAGAUUACCUGGGGUUUCAGCAGUCUGAUGUCAUCCAUCAGAGUGUGUAUGAACUUAUCCAUACUGAAGACCGAGCUGAAUUUCAGCGCCAGUUGCACUGGGCAUUAAAUCCUUCACAGUGUCCGGACUCUGGGCAAAGAAUCGAUGAAGCUAAUGGCCUCCCACAGCCAGGUGGCUAUUAUGACCCCGACCAGCUUCCUCCAGAAAACUCUUUUAUGGAGAGGUGCUUCAUUUGCCGACUAAGGUGUCUCCUGGAUAAUUCAUCUGGUUUUCUGGCCAUGAAUUUCCAAGGGAGGUUAAAGUAUCUUCAUGGACAGAACAAGAAGGGGAAAGACGGAUCAGUACUUCCGCCUCAGUUGGCUUUGUUUGCAAUAGCUACUCCGCUUCAGCCACCAUCCAUACUCGAAAUCCGCAACAAAAAUUUCAUCUUUAGAACCAAGCACAAACUAGACUUUACGCCCACUGGUUGUGAUGCCAAAGGAAAAAUCGUUUUAGGCUACACGGAAGCAGAGCUGCGCAUGAGAGGAUCAGGGUAUCAGUUUAUUCAUGCCGCGGACAUGCUGUACUGCGCUGAGUACCAUAUCCGCAUGAUUAAGACUGGAGAGAGUGGAAUGGUAGUGUUCAGGCUUCUUACGAAAGACAAUCGAUGGGCUUGGGUACAGUCAAAUGCACGCUUAGUUUAUAAAAAUGGAAGGCCAGAUUAUAUCAUUGCGACCCAGAGACCGCUAACAGAUGAAGAAGGAACAGAGCAUUUACGAAAACGAAAUAUGCAGUUGCCUUUUUUGUUUACCACUGGAGAAGCCGUUUUAUAUGAGAUAAGUAACCCUUUUCCUCCCAUGAUGGAUCCACUACCAAUAAGGACUAAACAUGGUGCUAGUGGAAAAGAAUCUGCUACCCAGUCAACUCUAAGUAAGGAUUCCCUCAAUCCCAGCUCCCUGCUGAAUGCCAUGAUGCAACAAGACGAGUCUAUUUAUCUCUGUCCUGCUUCAAGUAGUACAUCUUUCAAAAGAAAUUUUUUCAAUCAAUCUCUGAAUGAAUGCAGUAACUGGCAAAACAGUGUUGCACCAGUAGGGAGUGAUAAUCUCCUGAAACAUGAGCCAGUUGGUCAGUCUCAGGAAAUGAACCUGAGCCUCUCUGGAGAUCAUGCAGGGCUCUUUCCAGAUAACAGAAAUAGUGACUUAUACAGCAUUAUGCAACGCCUAGGCAUUGAUUUUGAAGAUAUCAAACACAUGCAAGAGAAUGAGGAGUUUUUCCAAACUGACUUUUCGGAGGAAAAUGACUUCGGAGAUAUUGACUUAACAGAUGAAAUUCUGACCUACGUAGAAGAUUCUUUAAAUAAGCCUACCUUCAGGUGCUCAAGUUUCCAUCAGCCCCAAUCCGUGGCUCUGAACGCAAGCUGCAUGGUACAGGAGCAGCUGCAGCUGGAACAGCAGCUCCAGCGCCAGCGGAAGCUCACAGCGGUGGAGCCACAGCAGCUGUGUCAGAAGAUGAAGCACAUGCAAGUUAACGGCAUGUUUGCAAAUUGGAACUCUGACCAGUCUGUGCCUUUUACUUGUCCUCAACAGGACCUGCAGCAGUAUAUCUUUUCAGACUUACCUGGGACCAGUCAAGACUUUCCCUAUAAAUCUGAGAUGGAUACUAUACCUUAUACACAGAACUUCAUUCCCUGUAACCAGUCUGUAUUGCCACCACAUUCCAAAGGCACACAGUUAGACUUUCCCAUGGGGAAUUUUGAACCAACCCCGUACCCUACUGCUACUUCUAAUUUAGAAGAUUUUGUCACAUGUUUACAAGUUCCAGAAAACCAAAAGCAUGGACUAAAUCCCCAGUCAGCCGUACUGACUCCUCAGACAUGUUACGCCGGGGCUGUGUCCAUGUACCAGUGCCAGCCGGAGCCUCAGCACAGCCACGUGGCCCCCAUGCAGUACGACCCCUCGCUGCCAGGCCCAGAGGCAUUUUUAAACAAGUUUCAGAAUGGAGGAGUUUUAAAUGAAACCUCUCCAGCUCAAUUACCUAGCAUAAAUAACACUCAGACGGCCACUCACCUUCACCCGUCAGAGGCCAGGCCUUUCCCUGAUUGGACGUCCAGUGGAUUCCUGUAAUUUCACAUUGGUUUUUGAUUCAUUUAGCAUGUCAAACAUCAGAGUGAUGAAACGGCCAGCUUUGGACAUCAGCGAGUUCACGCGGAAGCCCUGAAGUAUGUUCUCCCUGUUAUGCCAAACCAAAUUUUAAUGUUUUUAUAAAAGGAGUUAAAUAUCAAAAUUACGUAUACUACCGUCAUUAAAACAGAAAGGAUGCUGCCACGAAGGAGUGAAAUACCGUCUGUAUUGUACAUUAUUCUGAAGUAAGACCAUAGAACACAGGACACUUUUAAAUAAGAAAAUUCUCUCUGUUGGGAUUAUUUCUGUUGAAUAAAAAUGAAAUGCUUUUGAGUUUUGAACUUCUAGAUUCUUAGUAGUAUACCAAAUAUGAACUAUUUCCUUUUAUUUUUAGCUUCUGCUUUUACCUCAGAUGUUAAAAUGAGUGGUUUGGUGCUUUUAUAAAAAGCUAAUUUCAGUGCUCCCCUCCUUCCUUGUUAAUGCAAGUGCCUCACAGUUUUUUCUACCUAUAACACUGUAGGAGUAUAUUUUAUAUAAAACAUACUUUCUUUUAAAAAUUAAUAACAUUCUGCACACAAAUAUUAUUGGUAUUUCUUAAAUUCAGUCAUGUUUUAAAUUAAUCUAGGCAUGUUUUAACUGCACUACUCACCCACUUUCUUCAGGUAAAGGGCAAAUAAUGAUUGAAAAGAUUCUUUAUUACAUAAUCUAGUUGCUUCUAGACUUUACUGUUGCCAUGUGCCUUACGUUGAAAUACUUCAAAAAUGAACUAUCUUUCCAAAUUAUUUUUUAAUUAUUAUAUAAGUGUUAAGACAGCAGAACUAAAAUUUCAACAGUUUUCAGAAGAGAUAGACCACCAUUUAUCUUUACUAAAAUCUCCACCAUGAUAGUUGAAUGUUACAGUGUAGAAAAUCUGCUGUUAAAUGCAACCUUGUUAUUAACUUAAAAUGAAGAGAAGCAGCUUUAUUUUUAGCUCUUUAAAUAAAGCACCCAUUUCAAUGUGUAUAAAUUCUUUAAAACCUGUUUUAGAUCUAUAAUCCUUUAAGAUGUAGUACGCUGACUUUAUAAAUUUCACUUCUUAGUACAGUGGAAACUCUUUUUCUCAUAUUUGAGGAGUGUUAAGAUUGAAUAUAGCAAUGUUUGGUGCAAAGUAUUGGUAUGAGUGGAAGAAUACAUGUAGUUUAUAAUGAACAAAACAAUCUGUAAAAUAUUUUCAAUCUUUCCUUUAAAACUAGUGCAUACCUUAUAUACGCACACGAAUAAUUGGGUCAUAACAUAAUCAGUGUGUCCUUUUAAGAAAGCAAAUAAUGAAUCCAACUGCGUUUAAAAGGUGGUAUUAAGAAAAAGACAACCAUGAGUUUCUCUUAACUUCAAAUAUUAGGUUGUCUACUUGAUAUAAUGACCUUUAUUAUCAGUGAGGCAAAUUAAUCACCCUACUAACUUUACCAUCCUCAGGUGACUUGUAAGUGCCACCAUCUGCCUUUCUUUUACUUAAAUAUGACAUCUGAAGGGCACAGAGACAUUUUGCAUGUAUUAUAUAAAAACAUGGAAUUCCAAACUGCAAUGUAUUAUUAAAAUAUACCAUUUUCUUUUUUUUAGUAAGUUAAUGUAUAUAAAAGUGGCUUCAGACAAAAUAUGUCAGCUCUAUGCUUCCAUAGGUUCAAAAUUUUGACUGAAAAUGCAGUUUAAGUGUUGAAAAAACAAAUUUGUCUAAAACAUUUCAUAAUUUGUUUCCAGCAUGCAGUAUCACUAAAAAUUUAGAUCAGUGGUCUAGAUUAAUAGUCCAUUUUUAUAUUUAAGCCAUUAAAAGUCUUCCUAAUAAACCAUUUUUGUUAGUUUCUUCCACAUGUAAUUGGAUGACUUGUUUAGUGGAAAAAUAGUCGUUUUGAAUUGUGAAUAUGGUGACAAUUAUACACUUAUAAAAUUUAAAAAUUUUAAAGCAAUAUUGUAUAUUUUUAUCUAUAUAAAGUAACUAAAAUUUAUCUAAGAAUAAAAUCACAUUAAACCAAAUACACCUUUGUCUGUAUUGCUAAGUGCCAAACAAAAAAAGAAUGCUUUGUGUACUGCUAUAUUGAGGGAUUUGUUUUUAGAUGAUGUGCACUUUUAAGGACGUGGAUGUGUCCCUAUGCCAGGUUGUUCUUACCUGAAGACUUACCAGUGUUCCAAUGUAUUAUGUGGCUUUCAAUCAUUACUAUGCACAGACUGGUGUUUUUCAGUAUUACUACAUUUUAGGUAAAUGUUCUCAUGGAUGUUCUGUCCUUCAAGAUGUUACUGCUUACAUAUGCCACGCAUACAUUUUUGUUUAAAAUAUGAUUUAUAAUAUCCUUACUUAUCAAACAAAAUUGUAUACAAUAAUAUAUGUGGUAAUAAAAUAAUCACCAAGUAUGAA